UUCUUCAACGUAUGCUUCUGUGUAUUGAGAUUGUGUACAUUUAGUUUGCACUCAACAAUUUAACCCAUCGUACGUAUUUCUUUGUUUAUUCCAACAAAAAUGCCGAUUUUAAGUGCAUCAAAAUUGAUCCUAUUGUGUACAUUUGUUGUUUAUUCAUCAUGUAAGGAGAAACCGUCUAUUAUAUCCAUAUCACCGGAGCAAGUGAAAAGCAUUGGUGAAUCGGCUGUAUUGAACUGUACGGUUAAGAAUCCCGACCAAUAUGCGGUUAUUUGGACGAAAAAGGAUCGUGAUCAUCCAACCGAUAAUGUGGUAUUAUCAAUUAACAAUCAAAUGACAAUGAAGGAUCCAAGAUUCGAAUUGAAAAUCGGGAAUGAUUCGAUAUCGGAAUCGUAUCUGUUGCACAUCUCAGAUAUUCAGACCUCUGACACAGCAAUAUACGAAUGUCAAAUUAUCAUAUCUCCUAAUGUGAAGACAACGUUGCACGUCGAACUGUUGGUUCGAACGCCACCAUAUGCGACAACAAUUUCCGUUACAUCUGGCAGUAACACCUCAAAAUCAACGGACGCCUCAACUAUAUCCGUAACCGUUUUGUCUGGCAAUGCUGCCGAACUGAAGUGCGUCGCUGAAGGUUAUCCGCGACCAAGCAUUUCAUGGAUUCGUGAAUAUAAUGCCAUUAUGCCGAGUGGUGGUCACACGUUUAGUGGCAAUGUUUUAAAGAUCUCGUCGGUAACGAAAGAAGAUCGUGGCACGUAUUAUUGCGUUGCAGAGAAUGUGGUUGGAAAAGAUAAGAAAAAUAUUGACUUUGAAGUUGAAUUUGCGCCAGUCAUAUCCAUACCAAGACCGAAAGUUGCUCAAGCUGUAGAUUAUGACAUCGAACUGGAAUGUAAUGUGAUUGCCUUCCCGGCACCGGCUGUACUCUGGUAUAAAGACGGUGUUCAACUAAACAACAAUGACGAUUAUGGAAUUUCAAAUACCGCUACUGUUGACGAAAUCACUAACUCUGUUCUGCGUGUAAAAACUAUGAAAAGUUAUCAGUAUGGAAAUUACUAUUGCAAGGCUAAUAACAAAGUAGGACACUCUGAGGCCAGAAUUAAUUUAUUCGAAUCGGUUAUCUAUGUGUAUCCAUGGCACGCGAGCAGCAGAAAUUGAGAUAACCAAUUAAUUUGAUUGUAUUAAUGUUGUGAGCUCAACGCGUUCCGAACAUAUAUUUUGCUGGUUUACAAUGGAGCUCAUGUGAAUCGAUGUACCAUUCCAAUCUAAUUUUAUUGUUGGGUUGUGUAGCUAUUACGAUCAAUUUGUCGUUUGUCUAAAACUUACAAGAGAAAUUCAUCGUAAAUACCAAAUGAUUUUUGUUUUAUUCACUUGCAUACUAUCCAAUAUACUACCAAUAUGAAUAUGCUCACAUUCCUGAUAUAAUAUUUCCGAUUUUUUUAUUCUUUCUUUCUUUGAACGAUAAAAAGUAUUUUUGUAAUUUGUUUUUUCCUCCUCUUGUAACAAAUGAGAUUGAAAAUUAUUUUGUAAUAUUUAAAUAAUCGCUCAAAAACCAAACAAAAAAAAAACAACUUCAGGACACAAUUACAAAACGUAAAUACAAAAAAGUACAAAAUUAGAUUUAAAUAAAAUAAUUUUUUUAUUGAACGUAGAUUGUAACUUCCAUUUAUAAUAAACGCCAUGUCAACCAAUUAUUUUGAAAAUUUUGGUCUAAUAAAACAUUUUGUAGAAUUUU